AUGCAUAAAGGGAUAACCUCGCAAGAGUUCUUCGGCUCAUUAAGCAAGAAGCCCCCUACUACGUUAGCAGAGCUGAUGAAAAGAGCAGAAAAGUAUAUAAGGCAGGAUGAUGCCUUAGUAACUAGCAGGUUUGCUAAGGAGUCAGCAGACAAGGGAAAAGCCCCAGAAGAAAGGAGGUCGGAUAGGCAUGAGAAGAAGCAGAGCAAGAAGCCUGAGCCGUACAGACAACCCUGGGAUGGAAGGGACCAAAGACCUUUCCCUUCCCGGGUUCCAGAACAAAAGCCAUUCCCCCCGUGUAUUCCGGAGAACCUGACCCCGCUCAACGCCUCCAGAGCUGAGGUGCUCAUGACAGUACAGGACAAGGAGUUUCUUCAAUGGCCCAGACCUAUGAGGGCAGAAGCAAACCAGCGAGAUCCUGACAAAUACUGUCAGUAUCAUUGUACACACGGCCAUGACACCAACAACUGCUACCAGCUGAUCAGUGAGAUCGAAAGGCUGAUUAAAAGGGGCCAUUUAUGGAACUUUGUGAAGAAACCAAAAGGAGAAAGGCUCCAGCCGAAUCCUACAGCAGAGAGGCCCUGGGGGGCUGGAGCAGGACCGGUGAAUGAUGGCUCCAGUGGAACCAUCAACAUGAUUGUUGGGGGAACAAGAGGUCGGAUGAGCCGAAGGGGAAAGAAGAGAGGCCGAGACGGGGAAGGCAGCAGCACCGAGGUCAUGCAGGUAGUCGAGCACUCUCCAGUGACCAUCACCUUCUCUCCGGAGGAUGCUCAGGGUUUUCAAAUGCCUCAUGAUGACGCCCUUGUUAUUAAAGCCGUCAUCCACAACUACCGGGUUAAGAAGAUCUUGGUGGAUGACGGGAGUAAGGUGAAUUUGCUGCCGUACAGGAUCUUCCAGCAGAUGGGAAUCCUCGAAGAGCAGUUGGUUCGGGACCAGGCCCCAUUCAAAGGGAUCGGAAGAGUCCCAGUGUCCGUGGAGGGGAAAGUGAAGCUGGCUCUCACUCUAGGAGAAGCGCUAAGGACUCGCACUCAUUACGCGGUGUUCUUAGUAGUCAAACUCCCCCUGAGCUACAAUGCCAUAUUAGGAAGACCUGUGCUGUUUGACUUUGAGACCGUAACCAGCAUCAGGUAUCUGGCUAUGAAAUUCCCGACAGAAGCGGGAGUGGGGAUAGUCAGAGGAAGCCAGGAAGAGGCAAGAGCAGUGUACCUGGCCACGGUAUCAGAGCCGAGCUCGACAGGAGAGAAGCUUGACGCGGAAGUUCUGGAGGUCCGAGACGAGAAAAAAGAGGCCAGAACAGAGCCGGUCAGAGAGUUGGAGACAUUUCCCUUAUCAGAAGCAGAGACAGAUAAGAUCUUCAGUCUUAACGCCAGCCUCACUAAAGAGCAGAAAACAGAAGUCAUAGCCCUGAUCCGAGAUCACGCAUCAAGCUUCACCUGGAAGCCUUUUGACAUGCCCGGGAUUGACCCUGAAGUGAUGACACACAAGCUGAAUGUCCUCCCAGAGGCCAGGCCGGUGAAGUAG